UGUCAGUUCUUCGCCGACAGCCAAACUCAACAGACGUGUUACGCGCGUGAAUUGUGCAACUGCUACUGGGCCAGAGCUGCCUUAUUCCGUGCUUGUCUUCAGCUACGUCUCGUCGUUACGUCGCCCGCAGUAAUAGGGGCAGGCGGUUGGCGGUAGGCGGUGGGCGUGGCGUGCGCAUCCUCGUGGCAAAAGCCAAAAUUUGCACGUGCUUUUAACGUGGCCAAAUGUGAGCUAUUCCUUUGAGUGCGCGUGUUUUCGCAUUUUUGCGGCCAGCUGAAAAAAAUUUGAAUGAGCAUUAAAAUAGAAAAAAAAAAAAAUAUAAUAAAAUAAAUAUUUAAAAAAAAGACUGCUUAAAACUCAACGAGGCGGAGCAGCUAAAAUGCACACAGGGAGUUUCAGCCAGCCAGCAACCACCAACCAGCACCAACAACCAGGAGCAGGCGCCACCCACACUUAGCUCAAAUAUGCGAGAUUAACCAAAAAUUGCCAGCUUCCGCACUUGGCCAUGAUUAGCAAGCGUUAAGCCGGUGCGCCUAGGUCCCAGUCUGGUUAGCGAUUCGACUCCCACGUGACAUGUCCCAGUCUCUCUCCCUCUCACUCUCACUGUGUGUGUGUGUGUUAGUUUUGCGUCGUUUACGUCGCUUUAUUUCAAUUUUGUCGCCCGUUUUGGCUGAAAUAAAGCCAUUUCAACGACCACACGGACGCGCCACUGGGCCACGGACCACAAUCCCGCCACGGCCUCAUUUCCUAUUGUGCUAAAUGACAGUGGAAAAAUUGUGACACAGAUACAUGUACAUGUGUAAUGCGACUGUGCCCGUGUGCAGUUUAGACAGACGCCCACGCACACGCACACGCACACACACACACACCCACACACACACACACACACGUGCAUACACUCUCUGGCACGCGCAGCAACUUUGAAGUAGAGCAGAAAAACUUUGGCUUUGGCUCGCAUCAUUAAUCAAACGUCGAGUGCGCAGCUAGCUCCAACUGCUGCCCCAUGUGCCCCAGCGACUGCUACAUUCGUCUUGGCUACUGUCUAAAUAUGAUAAUUGAAUCACUGAAUACUUAACGAAUGCCAAAAACAGUUGCUGCCCAUCGACUCAUCCAUUGCCAGUCAAGGAUUCUGAUUUGGACCCGGGCAAUAAAGCUGCCAACACUUUGUCAGUUGCCAUAGCUGCAGACGAGUCCGAACCAUAAUUGCUACGGCCUGCCGGCAAAGCUGUCAUGCCGUCAACUAAAUGUCCUUCACUAAUGAGUGUAUAUGACAUGUGUGUGUGUCUGUGUGCGUGUUGUUAUUAGAAACCCUUUUAGGAUUGUUCAAAAUUGAUGAAGUUUACAAUUUGUUGUGUCCUUGUGAUACAGUUGCUAAAUGAAAAGCAAGCGACACUUGACAGAAUUUGUUUAUCAACUUCUCUAUGAGUGAGCGUGUCUGUGUGUGAGUGUUAGUCUGUGUGAGUGUGUAUGACUAUUUUAAUUGCAAGUACUUGGCAGAAGGCGUUAGGGGGUGAAGCAGCUGCGAGCACUUGCCAACCACUUGACACACAUGACAGACAUUUAUUAAGCACUGCAUUAGGAGCAUCCAAAUGAAAUUAAGCCAAAUUCAAAUUUGGAUUCAACUUUAAAUACUGCGAUCAAGUCAACGAAUUGUGAUGGCUCUGGGCAAAUGUUAUCUCUGCUGUUCGCAUCUAUGUAUGUGAAACUAUUUUAAUUAAAGCUCCGCUGCAGCACAAUUGCCAGCAAUCGAAGGAGGCGGACGUGCGGCUUGAUGGAUGCACCACAAAUGAUAUGCCAGAUGGACGUACGCAGGCCACGUGGAGAGCAAUCGGAUUACUCUGGCCAAGGGGCCUUUUGUAAUUGCAGAGCGCGCGGAUAACUGUUUUUAAGCGCUCCGUUAAUGUCACAGCGAUUGGCAUAUGGUUGCCGGCUGCUUGUCUCUGUCACUGGCUGCUCGCGGGGGGUGGGGGUGGUGCUUGUGCAAGCAAUCAAUGUGGCUUUUGUUUCACGGAAGUGGCCCCCUGGCAAAUUGUGAGCCCCAAAGAAACCAAAUGAAAAUUUAAUGUGCAAAAAGUGCAGUUGACGCCGCCAGCAGCCGCGUGACAAUUGACGAUUCGAUUUUUUUCAUUGUUGACACAGAUUUGCAUAUGUAUAAACGAGACACACACAACCACAUACACACACGCAGACAUUAACAGUGACGCUGUCACAUUUUGAUGUGCAGCAUUGUAUUGCGUGGGCGUGGUCAUAUCGUGUUGUCAUUGGAGAAAGUGGCAACAACAACGUAUUCCCCUGCAGGAUCGUUGCCGCUGGCAGUGGUUUUUCGGGUGGUUGAGUGGUUCAGCUCAUUCAAUUUGAUUACACACAUGGCAAUCGAACGCGCUGGCUGGGCUCUGUGUGUAUUUUAUUGAUCUACAUUCGCGGGCUGCGAGCGCUUCACGUUCUGAAUUGAUAAUAAAUGCGAAAUCGUUUUUUGUGGCCCAACAGCAGCAGCAGCAGCAGCAUCAGCAGUAGCUGAAAAAUUGUGAAAUUCGCGCACUUCCUGCAACGCAAGCAACAAAUGUGAAAACAAAGUGCCAACAAAUCAGACGAAAGGACGCAUCCAAACGAAACCCCUCUGCAGUGAAGAAGAAGCAGAGCAGCAAACAGGAUAAAGCCGACGGCAAGGCAAAUCGAAUUCAAAUGUCCCCCAGUGCAAAACGGUGAAAGAAAUAAAAAUACAAAAAAAAAAAAAGAAGAGAAGAGAAGAAAAACGAAAAACAACAAACAGAAAAUCAAUAAAACAAAUUUUGUGCAACUGCCGAUUGGCACAACCGCUGGGAAAAGUCCAUGCAAAGUUCGAUACGUGCAGCGCUCCACUAUCAGCAGUGCGACAGUUCGUGUGUGUGCAGCCUGGCCAAGGGGCAGGAGCGUGUGUGAUGCCGGAAGUGGGAGCCGGUUAACUCCCGUCGCAUAGCAGCCAAAGCCAAGCCCAGCCAGCCGGCGGCACCUGGAGCCCAGGCUCAGCUCGCAGGAUAAUGGAUUAUAUGCAGGCCAAGUGUUUAAUGCUAUCCUUUCUGUGCGCCCUGAGUGCGGCCAGCGCCGAAGGCGAAAUCAUAUUUCGCAUCGAUCCCCUGGCUCUUUUAUCGGCCACACUGCGCACAUAUCAGAAGGCGGCCUGUGAUACGGAUCAGGUGGUAAUUGCGUGCCCGCGCGGCACCAGCAUUUCAAUUGAAUUUGCACAGUACAACAAGUUUGUGGCGAAAGAUGGCUACAGCAUUGAGGAGCUGUGCCCCGUCACUGGCACCGUGAAGCCCGAAAUACGUGGCAAGGCCAAGCACUUGCUGCGUGGCUCCAUCUUCGGAUCCACCACACAAAAGGUGCCCGCGAAUCGCUACGUAAGCAACGGCUACGCCAUUGCUAUGGAAGCUCCAAGUAGCACUAGCGGACCGAAUGGACCGAUUACCGAGUCAUCGGCAGACGAUGCUCAAAAGAGCGAGAGCUCUUCCGAGAACUGCAUGUGGCCAAAUGCUCUUCAGUAUUCACUGCUGCAGACGGUUGUGGAAGCCUGCCAGAAGAAGAAGCACUGCAAGUUCCACGGCUCCCCGCAGUUCUACGGACUGGGCGCCAGCGGAGUGGGCGACUCGUCCGGCACCAGCAGCUAUCACAGCAGCACGGCCAGCUCCAAUGCAAUCAGCAGCGACCCCUGCCCCAAGCGCCGGAAAAUCGUCGAGAUCGCCUACAAAUGUCGUCCAUAUGAAUUCCGCAGCAAGGUAGCCUGCCACAACGAUGUCGCACAAUUGGAAUGCAACCCGUACUCGCGCAUCGCCGUCUAUAGCGCCAGCUUCGGACGCACUGAGUAUGAGAGCAUUCAGUGUCCACAGCCGCAAGGGGUCCGUGAGGAGACAUGCCUCGCCUCAUUCGCCACGGAGACUGUGAUGCAAAUUUGCCAUGGCCGAAGGCGGUGCAAUCUGGCCGCGGAUGCGAAUACCUUUGGGACUCCGUGCCAGCCAAACUCGCGAAUGUAUCUGAAGGUUGUUUACACAUGCGUGCCGAAGCAAGUGUUAAAGGAGAGCAACGAGUCUGAGGUGGAGGCUGACGAAACGGAGGACUUCGAGGGCGACAUCAACGACCUGUACGACGAUGAGCUCAUCUACAAGGAGUCGGAGGCCAUACCCAAACUAUACAGCAAUACCACCAAAACAUCACGAGGCAACGCAACUGGCGGCGCCGGACGCGCUGCCAACUCCAAUCCAGAGGGCAUUCACACCGCAACCAACGGCUCGCUGGACGCUGAUGCGGAUGGAAGUGGCGUCAAUCCGGUGAUGACACACAGUGCCGACUUAAGUCUAGAGGAUGACCAGCAGCGACUCUAUUUGUAUCUGUUAAUUGUCGGGCUGGUCGGUGUGCUCUGCUCCAUUGUGAUUGUGGUAGCGCGCCUGUUGCUGCAAAGGCGACGCAUGGCCAGUGACACCCAUUCGAACUCCUCCACCAAGGGGGGCACGAGCGGAGGCCUGGGCGAUGAAACGACCAUUCCAAGCGGCUUUAACGACACUAUUUCCGAGAUAGACGCCGACAUUGACCUUACCACUUCGAUACCAUUGCCCAGCGUGUCAAAGAACGAGAACUACAUCACUUACGCGCCGGCCAGCAGCUUGUAUGCCAGUCUAGCGCCCAGCCAGCUGUCCUCCGUUGGCGGACCCUGCGCGGCCCCCGCUUUGAUACCCAAUCCCCUGUUAAUAGGCGCGCGCCAGUCACCCGAUCUCAUAGGCAUUGCGCCCAGCACAUAUGUGGCUACCAGCAGUGCGGGCAGCGCAUCUUCAGCACAGGGCCCCAUGACAGGCAUCCUGGCACCGGCCAUUGUAAUUGGCGCGAAUGGCCCUGGCGGCGCUUUGCCUGGCAGCAGUGGCAUUAACACUAUGGUGCCCCUAACGUCACUGGCCCAGUAUACAACGGCGCCCACCAUUCGCGGAGGGUACCUCAUAAAUACGGAGGGCAUGGGUGUUGUUCAGCGACCGGCCAACACGCCGACGCCACCGUCCUCCUUGGCUAGCGGCUCCCCGGCUCAUCCACAGACACAACAGACGCCGACCACCUCGCCUCUGGCGAUGGCAACAUUAAGUCAUCUGCCAGCCGCUGGCACGUCAACGUUGCGUCGCACAAAGCCCGCCGCAGCGGCUAUGUUACAUCCGCAGCUAUCAUAUGACGGCACAGCUCCACGUACACUUUCAACUGGCUUACCGGUGAGCUCACAAUUCUAUUACGGAUGACCAACCACUGCGGACUGCGAGCCUCACGUAUAUACCACGGCCAUCAACGUGACCUCCCUGAACGUCCAGAGCUCUACUAGGCAGAGUGGGCCAGGUGCUCAAGCAGAGUCCCUGGCGGCCCCCGAUCCAGACACAGCUCAUGUGCCGGCAUCCGGACCCUAGCCACAAGCCGACAAUGGGGCAACAGUACCCUUGGCCGCUGCUAGCAUAAACGACAAUACAAAUCUACAGGGGAACGACCUAAGCCCAGAGCCCUCCUCCCAGAGUCGGAAACAACAACAACAACAACAACAACAGGUGUGUACGGAGUAGAUGGCUUUUGGAGUCGCCACAACAAAAGUUGGCAUCUGUUUUUAAAAUAUAUAUGUAUACAUAAAUGUACUUAAAUGGACGAGCUUCCUGUAACUGUAACUGUAAAUUACUAAUGAGUGGAGCGGACGAUUACGCAUACUUGCACAGUCCUAGGUCAGUACACAGUAGGCGCCAUCAAAUAGAAAAUUUAGGCUACCGCAAUUUGUAGGUUAAGUAUUUGUCUGCACAGAGCUCUCCAGUGUGUGAGUGUGUGAGUGGUUGAGUGCUUGAGUGAAUGAUAUAUGAUAUAACUACGUACGUGAUUCGAUAUUCACGUGUAAAUACUUUGUGUACAACUUGAUUUCACUUCCUUAAUUGCUUUUUUCACAACACUUUAAUUACCCAAUCGUUGCCAUGGCCACCAAAAUUAAUUACAUGUUAGUUAGUUGAAGCUCAUAUGAGCAGUCAAGAAACAUACGCAUUGGUAAUGGUAUUGGUAUUGGCAUUGGCAUUGGCAUCGGCAGCGGCAUUCGCAUUGCCAUCGCCAUUGCCAACAUCAUUAAAUUAUGCGGUUCAACCAUACAAAUGAAAACAAAUUGCCUGAAGCUCAUUUAAUGUUAUCAAUAAUGUAAACGCACGCAUAAAUAAAAGCACACAAAUGCCAUGAAUACACAGCGCCAACAAGCCCAAGCACAGCAAAUAUUACAGCACACAUACAUCAAGGAUGCGAAAGGAACAGCAAAGCUCCCAAAGUCCUCCUGCAAAGGCUCAACUAAUGGGUUGUUUGUGCGCAGCGCUGGGAGAGGAAGCGAGCUCCAAAUAUGUUCAUACUUCUAUUUAUGUGUAUCUGCGUGCAUGUGUGUGCAUGCGUGUGUGUACUCACACACACCCUCAUAAAUUUCACGAUAUUCCCAUUUCCGUACCAAAAGGAAUCUUCAUAAUUGUCCGCACCUAUGAGAAUGCGACAACGGGAUGUGUGUUGAACAAGCCAAAAACAGGGCGAGAGAGAAAGGAGAGAUAUAUAUAUUUUGUACUGUGUGUGUGUUUGUGCUUGCGUAUGAGUGUGUGUGCAUGGGUGUAUGUGCUUUGUUUAGAACGAUGAGCCUCAUAAACGCUUUAUUGGGCGGCUUAUCACAGCGAAUAGGUUUGUAGCAGGAGGCGGCAUCAUAACUCAGUCACGCCGUACAACUUGGCGUAUGAGCGAUUUCGGUUUUGUUGUCUGCAUAAUUCAGUGCUGUAUAUUUCGGAUUAAUGCGCUACAAAUGGAUGAGCGUAAUUAAUAUCCGGCUAGGAAUAGCUACACCUAUGGGGCAUGGGAAACUUCUGGCCAGCGGGCUAAUGAAUUACUCCUGCGUGCCAAGGUCCUUACCUUGGAGGAGGAUGGUCUGACAGCAGUGCCUAACUAGCAAAAUGUAUAUAUAUAUUUAGUUGUGUGCGAGUGUGUCUGAAAGUGAAGGGAAAUGGAAAUGCUACUGCAGACAAUAUUUUAAGAAAUACAUAGUCGUUGACUUCUGUAUUUUCCAUUUGCAGAUCUAUAUAUAUAUAUGUGUGUAACACUUACUACGUGUGCCAUAUGGAUAUGUUUAUGUAAAAUUGUUUUGAGUUUUUGUCGUUUCUAGUCGUUUCUCAUCUCUUUGUUAAAGUUGACGUUAUUGUUUUAAAUGUCAAGUGCCUUCCUAAUUAGUAGCUAAGUGAGUACGUCUAUAUAAAUUGGAGAGCAUCCAAUCAACGUGUAUAUAAGCAGUACUAAAUACCACUACUACUACUAAUAUAUAUACAUAUAAGUAUAUUUACAUAUAUGUGUAUACAUCUAUAGUCCAAAUACGAAACGGUUCACGUUCUAAAAUAGUCACUCGUCCCCCAAUUAGCCAAAGUGUAUAUAAGAUAUAUAAGGACAGCAUUCCGGAAAAUUGAACAAAAUUAAGCAAACAAAAACAAAUAGAACGAACGACUGGCCACAACCAAAGUACAGUUGCAUCCAAACGGAUCAAACCUUUAAGCGAAAACAAAAGCAAAACAACAAAAUUCACUUUGCUAACUGGAAUACUGUUAGCAUUGGGUUUUUGGUUGGUAUUGUUCUUUUUGGCCUCUGUGGUGUGUGGGCCUGUGGUUCGGAAUAGAAUAAGAUAGUAUUGGAGUAACUCAAUUACCAAAUAACAAUUAACACAUGUUCACAAUAGAGAGGUUAUUAAUUAAAUGUACAUAAAAUAUUCGUGUUACGGCAAAAUUUAUAAAACGGGCUCGGCUAAAUGCAUUAUGAUUAGCAUGAAUAGAAAGUCAACGCGAGUGCGUAAAAUUUCGGGACACUUGGUAAUAUAUAAUAAAUGUAAAAGAACAAAACAAAAACAAAAAUCUUCGUAGUAAUAAAUCAUUAUAUAAACACAUGCAUACAUACAGGCCUAAUAAUAAUUAAUGACCCAAUGUGUGUGAUUGGCAUCGUACGCCUAGGUACGGCAUCCCAAAUACACAAUGCUAUAUAAGUAAUAUGGAAAUUGUUAGUGGAAACCAGAGCAUAGAAUAAAGUUUCUACUACUAUUAAAACUGUGAAUAUAAUUUGGCUAUAACUUGAUUUUUUUCCAAUUAUGUAUUGUACCUUUUGUAUGUUUCAUUUUAAAUAAAUUAAUAGUUCAUAAAUAAAAUACUAACUGAAAAUCA